AUGUUUUGCUCAGCGUAUACACCACCAAGGAUUUACCAUUUUCAUGCGGAAAAGCCCGUUUUUCAGAAACCGAGGUUCCGGAUUUGUUCAUCUACUUCUAGUGAAAAUGACAGAUUCAAAAUAGAGUUCACUCCUUGGCUUAUCGUAGGGUUGGGCAAUCCAGGAAACAAGUAUCAUGGAACAAGACACAACGUUGGUUUUGAGAUGAUCGAUGUGUUGGCUAGAAAAAAUGGCGUUUUGAUGAACACUAUACAGUCAAAAGCUCUAAUCGGAAUAGGUGCUAUUGAAGAGGUACCUAUCGUGUUGGCUAAACCUCAGACUUAUAUGAAUUUCAGCGGCGAAUCGGUUGGAUCUUUAGCUGCACACUAUCAAGUACCAAUGCGUCACAUUUUAAUGAUAUACGAUGAGAUGGCUUUACCAAAUGGGGUUUUGAGACUUCAACCGAAAGGAGGUCAAGGCUAUCACAACGGAGUCAAGAGUGUGAUGGGGCAUUUGGAUGGUCGAAGAACCUUUCCUCGUCUAAGCAUAGGAAUUGGGAAUCCACCUGGAAACAUGGAUAUGAGAGCUUUUCUUCUUCAGAAGUUUAGUCCAUUGGAACGGAAACAGAUCGAUGAAGCACUAGAGCAAGGAAACGAAGCAGUGAAGACUCUUGUGCUCCAUGGAUUCAAUCAAGGAAUCUCAAGAUUUAAUCUUGUCCAGAAGUAUAAACUCAACAAAGUAUAG